AUAAACCCCCAGCUUUGGAUUGCACUUUCUCUGGGAUCGUUACGUAUAUUAAGUUUUUCAUCUGCGCAAACAGCUCAGCAGUGUAAAAGGUCGUGAGGUGUUCAAGAUGGCGACUGUUUGAAGUUCGCACUCUCUGUACGUUCAUGCAUACACACCCCAUGCUGACACCACAGGGCAUCGGUUUACGCUGUGACAAAGGCAUCAGUCCUGCCCACUGUCCUGCACAGCUAUGGCCAAAGAACAGCCAAACGUGUUUGACCUCGUCCCUCUUCUGGGGUCCACUGACCUACAUGAGCUGGAGCAGGUCAAAAACCUGCUGCAGGAAACACUCAGCGCAGAUAAAGGGACCAUGUUGCUGAAUAGCCUUGUGGACUAUUUCCUGGAGACAAGCUCAUCUCAAGCAGUGGACAUCCUGUCUUCUGUCAGGGAGCCCCAUGAUAAGUAUCUUUUAGAUAAGAUGAAUGAAUGCAUGGGCAAGCAGAGCUGCCGUCUCUCCACCAUCACCCUCCUUGGCCAUAUUGUUCGUAAGCAGCCACCAUGGAUCCACAAGAUCGCUCGCUUCCCUCUGCUUGCUUCGCUGCUCAGAUGCCUCAAGGCUGACUCUGAUGUUGUAGUUCUUAUAACUGGUGUGCUGGUGUUGAUCGCUCUACUACCCAUGAUUCCUCAAACCAAUAAACAGCUUCUGUGCGAGUACUUUGACAUCUUUGGAAGGCUCGCUGCCUGGAACCAACGUCACCCAGGUCAUGCUCACGGCGUGUUUGCAGUCCAUCUACAUGCCAGCGUGUACUCGCUUUUUCAUCGCUUGUAUGGCAUGUAUCCCUGUAAUUUCAUCUCUUACUUGCGUGCCCACUACAGUAUGAAAGAAAAUGUUGACACAUUUGAGGAAGUGGUGAAGCCUAUGUUAGAGUAUGUACGGAUACAUCCUGAGCUCAUCACAGGAACCAAAGACUAUGAGGUUGAUCCAAUCAGAUGGAAGAGAUUUGAGCCUCAUGAUAUUGUGAUAGAGUGUGCCAAAAUUUCGCUGGAUUCUAAAGAGGCAUCAUCUGAAGAAGGAUACUCCUCUCUGUCAGAUCACAUACCACGGCGUCCUGUAGACCAUAGCCGAUCAUGCUCGGAGCUCAGCAUCCAUGAAAUCACAUCUGUGACACCAAUUGCUGCUGUUCGUCAGUCUCUUUCUAUGUCUCUUCCUUAUCUCACUGUAACCCAAGACUCAGGUUCCAGCGCACAGACCCCCAACCAUCAGAGUGAUAGGAUGAACUCCUCAGGGAUGAAGGAGGAGAUGUGGAGCCCUUCCUCAGUAUGUGGGAUGACCACCCCUCCCAGCUCUAGAGGAAUGUCCCCCACCACAGUUUCUGACGUCUCACAUAGUGCCUCCCACCUCUCAGGACGGAUCCCCAGCACUUCAGGGGAUGGAAAAUGGACCCUAUCUCCCUCCACGCCCUCAGGGUCGUCUCCUCUCCCAUCACUCUCAGAGGAAAUAGGGCAGCCUGCCCAAAACACCAGCAGUACUCAGGCUAAGGUUGUUCAGACCGGCAAAGAGCUUAGAAAAGCCACACCUAGGAGUAUUAAUAACAAUGGAGGUGCAAGUGAUGCCAAGAUUCCCGAGUCAUUGGCACAGCUCUCUGACAUUGUGAAAAGGACAGACGGGGAGAGAGAGGAUGAUACCAUCAAUGAGGAGAUUUUGAGCCUGACUCUCGGAAGAUUGGACUUUGGGACGAGGCCAGGCCUGGAUUCCUCCUUUUCAGGCUCCUUGGACACCCUUCUCUCGUCUCACCCCAGUCAUGAGCAGAAUUUAGCAUCUACACCCAACAGGGUUGAAUUUUCUGCCAAAGGAGGAGAGCCGCAACCCUGGUCCUUAUGGUCCACUUUCACCCCCAUCGAAAACGGAAAAAGCAGUAACUGUUCCCUGUCUGAUCUGACAAAGGGGUCCAUGCCUUACGAGCCACUGUUUGACCUUGCCCUGCCUAAAGUGGCAUCUCUGUUUUUGGAGAGGAAGACCACAGAGGCCCUCCAAAGGGCUGAAGAAGAAAGCGAGCACAGAGAGGAGCUAGAAGGGGAGGAUCUUUCUGCCACAUCCCCUCUGGAGGUGUUGGACCGCGUUAUUCAGCAGGGUCAUGACACCCAUGAGAAAGUACUGAAGAGAGCUCUGUCCUUUCACAGCCAAUCAACAGACCCACACUCUGGAGGUAAACAGCAUAGCAAUAAAGGAAAAGGUCCUGUGUCGGCAGCAUCAGAUGAGCUGGGGAUGUUGCGCAGCCAGCUGCUGUUACUGCAUAACCAGCUGCUGUAUGAGAGACACAAGAGAGAGCAGCAUGCCCUUCGUAACCGCCGUCUUUUUGGACGUAUCGUCAAUGCUACUGCACUGGAAGAGCAAAACAACUCCAUGAAAACCCAACUCAAGCUUCAGGACAUUGAGAUCAAGGCUGUGCAGGUAAGCCUGAAAGAGGAACAGAGGCGCUCCAGGCAUAUACAGGAAGAUAGAGAUGCUGUUGUGAACCAACUGCAGACUCAAAUCCAGCAGCUACAGAAGGAACGGAAUGACUACUACUCAAAGAUGCAAGAGUUAAAGAGUGAUUUGCAAGAGAAUCAGAAGAAGGUUGGAGAAAUGGAGGCGGAGCUCCAGAAAGCCAAUAACAAAGUGUGUAAUAUGGGACACAUACUGAGCCAGCUGUCCAUUAAGCUGAACAAUAGUGAAAACAUGGAACAGCAGAUGGCUUUCCUGAACAAGCAGCUGCUGCUUUUGGGUGAAGCCAACAAGUUAUGCGUGGAGGAAAUCGACCGUUUGGGGCCUGAGGUUAGCAAGGAGCUGAAUAUGCUGCAGGCAUCUUCACUGCGUGAGGUUGAGCGUUUGAGGCAGAACUCUCUGCAGCAGAGUCAGAGACUUGAAGCAGCCCAACAGCGCAUCACAGACCUAGAGAAUCAGCUCACCAAGAAAGAGCAAGUCACCCGAGAGCAAAAGAAACUGCUGGAAAAUGUCAAAAGCCAGGCCAUGGAGCAGCUGCAGGCUUCAGAAAACAGGUAUCUGGCCCAGAAGCACAUCACUCAGGCAUUACAAUCUGAGCUACUUGAGCUCUAUAGCCAGAUAGAGCUCAAAAACCUGAACACUAAAUCACCAGCAGAGCCCACUUCUGAGCCCAGCAGUCCUCCCAACCAGAGGCCAAAUGGCAACAGUACAGGCCCAUCUGCUCCAUCUCUAUCAGCCGACCCUGUGAAAAAAGAGGAAGGCAUGCACGUGUGUGUCAAUGGUGAAAUAUCUGCCGGGUCUCCUCAGACACCCACUGCACUCAUUAAUGGCAGUCAGGAAGAAGAUCUUUCCGCCCUUACUCGUUCAUUUCCUGCCCUCUCCUGUGACUCCCCGCUGGCAGUUGGCUCUUACCCCAGUACCGGAAGCUUUUUGGGUAAAAGGGCCAGAGAGAUGUUUCGAAAUAAGAGCGAAAGCCACUACGAGGGUGAGCCGGCCACCUUCAUCUGCAUCUCUAAGGAUCUUAAGGUUGAAGCAAUCACAGAACCCACAGAGAGCGUGGAGCUUGAAGAGGCUACUGAGCAGGCUGACCUGCAGCCCAUGGACAGACCCAGGGCAUAUAAUAUUCAGCGGAGGAGGCAGCAGGAUCUGAGAAUCAUGGACUACAAUGAGACCCACCAUGAGCAUUGAUUGUACACUGCUAACAUGAUUUCCUGCAGUUAAAAGAAGAUCAUUUUGGACCCAGUAUUAAAAUGCGCUGCUCUUUUUCUUAGAGUGGUUUGCAAAGUUUUAGUUCAUUUUAAAAGCUCUUCUACUACAAAACGCCAAAAAAAGAAAAAGGUUGUCACUUAUCACUUGCCGUGUAGUCACCACGGCGGUAAGAGAAUAUCUUGUUCUCAAAAAAGCUUCACUUAUCUUCUGUCUAAUAUGAAUUCAUUGUAAUUCAGUAUAUAUAUAUUUUUUUAUAAUUGGCAUUUGAUGAGCAACCGUGGUGAUUGUUGCGUGGUGGUUGGAUGUUUUUCGGCCCUGACUGUAUUGACUUAAUCACUGCAUUUGCUCUUGUGAUAGUACAGGUCGGUUUCCAAUCUUCCUUAAUUUGUCCAUGCAGAAUACCCCCAUCGAGUCACUGAUUUCUGCUGAUAUGACUUUGCACAUUACCAAGUGUGAUCAUUGCAAAUGCAGCACUGUAAAUAGAUCAUGCCAACCAACCAAUCAGUUCGAUUUAAAAAUGUGAAAAACAAAAAAAGAAGCUAUGUGAAAUAGGUGAAGUAGAAUAAGUAAUCACAUUUCGUUGCUGAGGCGAGCCGUGUGUAUAUGCCGUAGCUUUGAGAAUAAGCAAGUCUUGUGUUGUGUUUCUAGUAAUAGAUUUUAUUUUUAUGCAUUAAGUUCUCUGCUGGGAUUGUAGCGCCCAGUCACCAGUGCAAUACUUAGCUAACACUUCAUGCCAGCUCGAAGGUAUGAGUGGUGAUGGGAAAAAUAAACCGAUUUAGAUUGCUGCUUUGCAGGACCGUCAGAGCCUUAUAGAACACAGGCCAGGCUGCUGUAGGUCCAUUUGUCCAGUUGAGACCUGUUGUGAAACGAGAAUAUCUUUUUGGUCUAAGAUGUGUCUGAUGGGUGAAUGCUCUUGUCUCAAUAGCAUACAAAAUACGGCCACUGCAAUACUUUGACACACUAAACUCUGAAAGGAAGCUGCUCGCUAUAAGCCAGAAGGCUUAUGUCCCUCUAUUAUAUUCUUUCAUUUCUGUCUUUCACAGGUCAUACCCCAUCUGCAAAGAAAAGGCUUCAUAUAAUGGGCUGCAGCUGGCUGAAGUAAAAGCACUUCUUUUUUUAAAAAAAUUCAGGCCUUCUUAAGAUUGCUGAACCUUUAGGAGAGCGAUAUACUUGUCUUUUUCUAAAAAACUUGCCCCUAGGGUUUGUUUUCAGAGCAGGAUACAAUUGGAAUAUGUGAAGUGCAUAAAAAAAUAAAAUAAUGCUGGCUUCGGCCUGCCAGCUGGGGAAAUGGCUCUGAGAGUUUACAAUGAGAAUUGAAAUCUAUGGAAAUCACUGCUGUUUUUUUUUUUCUGUUUAGACUGUUAUCACAGUUCACUACGAGUGUGGUCUUACAGCUUUGUGUUUUCCUGUCACUUAGACUUUACUUUGUUUUUAUACCAAAAUCCCUCUUAAACAUUUUGUUGUUUCACGAAAUGCCUUACUGAAAAAAAGUAGGAAGUCUGUCCGUCACCUUAAGUCGUUUGUUGAAAGUUAUCUGAACUAUGGUACAACCAGACGGUGACGGGUGUAACAGGUAACCAGAGACUCUAUUUUGAAUUUGAGAAAACAGAUUUGUGUUGUCCUACUUGCUAUGAUCAACAAAAAAAAAAUAAAAUAUAUGUUUUGCA